CCGCGGCCGCGCAGGCGCAGUGUGGCGGCCGAGUCAGUGUGUAUGUGAGACUGUGACGGGUUCAAAAUGGCGGCAGCUGCUCCUGUAAGAGGACAAAGGAAAAGAAGAGACCUGGAGGAAGAGGAAGAAGACAGCAGCCCUGGAGUAUCUUUCUCGCUCUCUUCGGAAGAGUCAGAGAUGGAGCCUGAGGAAGAGAGAAUUCGUUACAGCCAAAGACUGCGUGGGACAAUGAGACGGCGCUAUGAAGAUGAUGGCAUCUCAGAUGAUGAAAUUGAAGGAAAGAGGACGUUUGACCUGGAGGAGAAACUCUCCACCAAUAAAUUCAACUCCACCUUUGUCGUCUUCAUGGAAGGCAAAGACUUCACGGUUGAAUACAUCCAGCGGGGUGGACUGAGAGAUCCUCUGAUUUUUAAGAACUCUGAAGGCCUUGGAAUAAAGAUGCCAGAUCCUGACUUCAGUGUGAAUGACGUGCGCCUCUAUGUAGGGAGCAGGCGGAUGGUGGAUGUCAUGGACGUGAACACGCAGAGGGACAUUGAGAUGUCCAUGGCACAGUGGGCACGCUACUAUGAGACCCCAGAGGAGGAGCGGGAGAAACUGUACAAUGUCAUCAGCCUGGAGUUCAGCCACACCAGACUGGAAAACCUGGUGCAGAGACCUGCCACGGUGGAUUUGAUUGACUGGGUUGACAACAUGUGGCCAAGACACUUGAAAGAGAGUCAGACUGAGUCUACGAAUGCCAUUCUGGAGAUGCAGUAUCCCAAGGUGCAGAAGUACUGCUUGAUGAGCGUCAAGGGCUGCUAUACAGAUUUCCACGUGGACUUUGGGGGCACCUCUGUGUGGUACCACAUCCACAGAGGGGGAAAGAUCUUCUGGUUGAUCCCCCCUACACCCCAGAACCUGGAGCUUUAUGAGAAUUGGCUACUGUCUGGGAAACAGGGAGACAUCUUCCUUGGUGAUCGAGUGUCAGAAUGUCAGCGUAUUGAGCUCAAGCAGGGCUAUACAUUCGUCAUCCCUUCAGGUUGGAUCCAUGCUGUGUACACUCCCACUGAUACUUUGGUUUUUGGAGGCAACUUCCUGCACAGCUUCAACAUCCCCAUGCAGCUGCGAAUCUACAGCAUUGAAGAUCGAACACGGGUCCCAAACAAGUUUCGCUAUCCCUUCUACUAUGAGAUGUGCUGGUAUGUGCUGGAACGCUAUGUCUACUGUAUCACCAACCGCUCCCACCUGACCAAGGACUUCCAGAAGGAGUCACUCAGCAUGGAUAUGGAGUUGAGCUCCUCAGAGUCAGGAAAUGUGGAUGAAGAGGAGGAUGCACCUGAUAAGGAGCCACGACGCCCGGUCACCAGACGGUCAGUCCUCACAAGCCCUGUGGCCAAUGGUGCCAACCUAGACUAUGACGAACUAAGCAAAGGCUGCAGGAGUCUGCCAGGCCUUAAGAAAACCCCAUCCACGGACUCCUCUGACUCCAGCCGGGCCCCUCAGAAUGGCCAGGCCUGGGACCCCCUCGCCAGCAGUCCACACAAGAGCAACAAAGUGCACCUGACUCAGUUUGAGCUGGAAGGGCUGCGCUGCCUGAUGGACAAGCUGGAGUCUCUGCCCCUGCACAAGAAGUGUGUCCCCACAGGCAUAGAAGAUGAGGAUGCCCUCAUAGCUGAUGUCAAGCUGCUGCUAGAAGAGUACGCAAACAGCGACCCCAAACUGGCACUUACAGGCAUCCCUAUCGUCCAGUGGCCCAAGAGAGAUAAGCUAAAGUUCCAGGCCCGACCAAAGUUGCGGUUGCCCACCAUCCCCAUCACCAAGCCUCACACCAUGAAGCCAGCCCCACGCCCAGCACCUGUAAGGCCCACGGUCUCUCCGAUUGUGUCGGGAGCAAGGCGGAGGCGGGUGCGGUGCCGUAAAUGCAAGGCCUGCAUGCAGGGCGAGUGUGGCAUGUGCCACUACUGCAGGGAUAUGAAGAAGUUUGGUGGGCCUGGUCGCAUGAAGCAGUCCUGUGUCCUCCGGCAAUGCUUAGCGCCCAGGCUGCCUCACUCUGUUACGUGUGCACUUUGUGGGGAGGUGGAUCAGAAUGAAGACUCGCAGGACUUUGAGAAGAAGCUCAUGGAGUGCUGCAUCUGCAAUGAGAUAGUUCAUCCUGGCUGCCUGCAGAUGGAUGGGGAAGGGCUGCUCAAUGAUGAAUUGCCCAACUGCUGGGAAUGUCCAAAGUGCUACCAGGGUGAUGACUCUGAGAAAGGCCAGAAGGCCCAGCUACCAGCAAAGCUCACUACCCCCCAGAAGAAACGGCUGUUCCAACGGCAGUCGCACCCAGACCCUGUUGCUAAGCAGCAAGUGAACUAUGUGCGCCGCAGGCUGGCCAAGUGGAGGCUGGCAGCACUGCCUAGGCGGCGGACCCAUGGCUACCAGAUCAUACGUAGGACGUUCCCUGCCGUCCCAGACAAGACUCUGCCAGCGAAAGCAAGCAAGAAGCGGAAGAUGGAGGAGAGCGAUGAGGACACGGUUCAGGCCAAAGUCUUGCGGCCCUUGCGAAGCUGUGAAGAGCCCCUGACUCCCCCACCAAACUCACCCACCCCCAUGCUGCAGUUGAUUCAUGACCCAGCAUCACCGCGGGGCAUGGUGACACGGUCAUCCCCAGGGGCUGGCCCCAGUGACCAUCACAGUGCCAGCCGGGAUGAGCGCUUCAAGCGGCGGCAGUUGCUGCGACUCCAAGCCACAGAACGCACAAUGGUGCGGGAGAAGGAGAACAACCCCAGUGGCAAGAAGGAGCUGUCGGAGGUGGAGAAAGCCAAACUCCACGGCUCCUAUCUCACGGUCACGCUGCAGAGGCCCACCAAAGACAUGCAUGGCACCUCCAUUGUGCCCAAACUGCAAGCCAUCACCGCCUCCUCCACCAACCUACGGCACUCUCCCCGCGUGGUCAUGCGCCAUAGCCCAGCAAGGACGCCCCAGCGGGGCGGGGAUGAGGAAGCAGAGGAUGAGGAGGAGGAGGAGGAAGAAGAAGAUGAAAGUGCGGAGGAGGGUGGGGCAGCCCGCCUCAAUGGCAAAGGUCGGCUGCAGGAUGGAGAGGAAAGCUGGAUGCAGCGUGAGGUGUGGAUGUCAGUGUUCCGCUACCUCACUCGCAGAGAGCUCUGUGAAUGUAUGCGGGUGUGCAAGACUUGGUACAAAUGGUGCUGUGACAAGAGAUUGUGGACAAAGAUUGACUUGAGCAGGUGCAAGUCCAUCACCCCCCAGGCUCUGAGUGGCAUCAUCAAAAGGCAGCCAGUCAGCCUCGACCUCAGCUGGACCAAUAUCUCCAAAAAACAGCUCACCUGGCUUGUCAACAGGUUGCCAGGCCUGAAAGACCUCAUCCUUGCAGGCUGCUCCUGGUCUGCAGUCUGUGCUCUCAGUACCUCCAGCUGCCCCCUUCUCAGGACCCUCGAUCUUCGGUGGGCAGUAGGAAUCAAGGACCCACAGAUCCGGGACUUGCUCACACCUCCGACAGACAAACCAAGUCAGGACAAUCGCAGCAAACUCCGCAACAUGAUAGACUUCCGGUUAGCUGGCCUGGACAUCACCGAUGCCACGCUGCGGCUCAUCAUCCGCCACAUGCCUCUGCUCUCACGUCUCGACCUUAGUCACUGCAACCACCUCACGGACCAGUCAGCCAACCUCCUAACGGCUGUGGGGUCUUCCACACGCAACUCGCUCACAGAGCUCAACAUGGCAGGUUGCAAUAAGCUGACAGACCAGGCCCUGCUCUACCUGCGGCGCAUCUCCAACGUCACCCUGAUUGACCUGCGAGGCUGCAAGCAGAUCACCCGGAAGGCCUGCGAGCACUUCAUCUCGGACCUGUCCAUCAACAGCCUUUACUGCCUGUCUGAUGAGAAGCUGAUCCAGAAGAUCAGCUAGAGACCAAGCCCAGGCAGACUGAGGAGAAGGAAAGAUCCCAUCCCACCCCUCUCGGAGAGCCGCUCCUCCUUCCCCCCCCCCCCCCACUCUGUCCUGCUUUGAGGCCAGCAUUGUGCCCACCUCCCCUGCCCAAAUCCACAGGCAGGUCAGAGGCCAGCCUGACUCCACAGUUGUCCUCCUCCUGGGACUUUGCUGAUGAAGAUGUCCUGUCAGGCUGGCCAGUAGCUGAGGAGGAAUGGGCAAACGCAGGGGGAGCUCGCUCAGAGGCUGCCCGCUCUUAGUCUGAAGUUGAAGUUGUGUCAAGGUCUCUGCAUGGAGGAACAUGCCCCCUUUUCUCCUCGCCUCAGCACCCCGGAACAGAUUUUUGCUUCCUAGUUAGCAUGGGUGAGGGGAGCAAUACCCUCCCCAUGGAAGAGGGAUUGCAGCUGGACAGUCUGGAACAAGCUUGCGCCCCAUCUCCUCCCCGGUGCCACCCCCAUCAUGUACAUCUCUUGGGAUCCCAUGGUUUUUUGGUAACCUAGUUUGUCCUGCCAUGUCUGCACCCUUCCUUUAAGCUUUCCCUCUUCUUGGCCUUGACUAGCAAAAGUGACUGAGGUUCCCCCACUGCUGUGUUUGGUGGUUCUUCUUGCAGAGAGGAUGAGCCCUGGAGUGGCUGGAGGAGGUUGGACAGUGGGUUCUUGCAGGUGGAUGCCUCUUUCAUGGCUAGCUGGGGAAGGGUGGGUUACAGCCCCUGUCCCACUUUAGGAGGCAAGGUUGGACAUGUUGAGCUUCCGCUCUGGGGUGGCAAUGGCUUGCUCAGAGCAGUGUUUACCCACACACCGGCCAGGGGAUGGAGAGUCCAGGUUCUCCUCUCCCUUCUUAGAAGGGAACAGGGAAGGAUGUCUUCAGGGGGCACAGGUACAUCAGAGCUCAGGGAGGACUCAGAAGGCAUCAGACAGGGUUUCCAGAUCCUGCAUGGGGUGGGUUGCACCUUCUCCCCAGCCUCCUGUAUGCAGCCUAGUAUCAUUAAGCACUCUUGGGACACUGCAGCCAGAGGAGAAAACCCUUCUCUGUCUUGCCACCCAGGGCGUAGCUAUUGGCUCUUGAAUGGGGAGAUGAGGAUGGGGGUGUCAUUGCCCCCACCCCCACACCCUUUAGCUGCCACUUUUUCCUUUGCAAUGAAUGGUCGGUCCAAAGAACCUCUCUCUUGGGCAGCAGAGAGCUUUUUGCACUUUAAAAAAAAAAAAAAAAGGUUGGAAUCUUAUUUUGGGUCACUGUUUUAUUUUCCCCCCCUGCCCUCCCCUUCUCCCCUCCCCCCCAGCCCCCAGAGUGACUGGACACUCCCCCAACUGAGAGCUUGUCAAUGUAAUGCACAUUUUGCACUGUGCUCUCUUCUUCCACCACCUCCUGCCUCCACACCCCAACCCCACUUAUCUCUGAGCAUACUGAUAGCACAAAACCAGACUGCCCGUGCGCUCCCCUAGUCCGCUCACAAGGCUUGCACAGGAGAAAGCAACUCGAAGCAGCAGGGGAAGAAGGAGGCAGGCCAAGGGCAGUGGCAGAACCUGAAAGGAGGCUAGCACAGAUGUACCCUCGCUGCUUCCAAAGCAAUAAGGGAGAGGAGGAAGCAGCUGUCACCCCUUCAGCUCUCCUUGCGGCCUGCUGGCUCCAACCGCUCUGGCACCAGUGACCUCUGCUGUGGUGUUGGCUGGGGGCGGGAUGAGGCCUUUGUUCAAAUCAGCUGAACCCCCAGGGGGUCAGGCCCUGCACUUCCUUCCCCCAGACCUCCAUGUUAUGAGCCAGGUUCUGUUCUGAGAGGGGGGAAAAUGCAAGUGUGAUGAAUUCCGCAGUGCCUCGGUACAUGGGAGUUUUGCUGCAGUUAAUUCUGAGAGUUUUGAGCAAAAAUUACCCACUUAUUCUUGUCGCUGACCUGGGAGUGGAAGCUUUCUUCCUUUUUAUGUUCUUUGGUUGCUCCUGUGGUAAACUUUUGAGAAGAAUCAAACUAUUUUUGUUGGGGUUUUUUUGUUUCCUUUCUAAAGGAAUGUGGGGCAGCCACAAGCAGGAGAUCAAGGACAUCCGACCUGGGGGACGCACCAGCCCUGAGCGUGGCUGGGCUAGCUUUCUUUCCAUUUUUUUCUUUUCUUUUCUUUUUUCCCAGUCUGGAAAGCAAAAGUAUCUCUGUACCUAAAACAAUAUGCAGUCAGUACUGAGCUACAGCAGAUCGUCGCUACAGGGGGGUGUCAAUGCUAGGCAGUGGGGGUGACCAAGCUGAUGGGUGAAGGGGCCGGCUAGUGUUUCAGUUCGUUGCCCCAUGGCCUUCUCAGACAUUGGCCCUCCACCAAGUCUGUGGCUCCAGAGACUUAAAAACUUAAAAUGAAGGUGCGAUAACUCGUUACCAUAACUGGCCACCACCUUGGAGGGCAAGGGGUGAAAAUCCACAAAGGAAAGAAGAAAAAAAAUAAUUAUAUAUAUGAAAUCACUUAGUGAUUUAAAAAACUGCUCCCUAAAUAAAACUCCCUAAAGAAAGUCAUUAUUGUUUAAAGGGUUUGGUUGUGUUUUUUGUGUUGUUUUUUUUUUUCUUCUUUACCCCCCCCUCCCCCCCACACACACACAAAGAAAUAUUGUAAAUAUAUAUAUUUUUUGUUGGCAAUUUAGAGUCCAUCUCCAAUGUUUGUGCUUUAAAAUUAAUUGUAAGCAUUAAGGGUAAAAGAAACCAAGUCUUAUGUGCUCUCUCAGUUGAUAUGUUUUGGGUUGGGGGGGCUUAUUAUUUGGGGCAAAGGGAGGGGGAGCUAGUUGGAAUUCUUUUUUUUUUCUUUUUUUUUCUUUUUUGUUGUUUUUUCUUUUUUCUAAGCAUUCUCCAAUACUGGUUUUAGAGAGAAUCUUUGCUCAUAAAAUUACCACAUGGAUGGGAGAGACACUUGUGGGGGAGGGGAGGGAAGAUACCAGCCUCUGAAGGGAAAUAUUUUGUUUCUUGGGGGUGGAUUUUUGGAAUAAAAGUUUAAAGAAAAAUG